AAAGAGGAAGUAAAGCGAAGCAUGUUGCCAGUGGGGAGGGAGAGCAGACACACAGUCACUCGUUCACACACUUUCUCAAUCACUCUCAUCCACACACACACAAGUCCUCGUAUGGAAUCAGAGGUGCCUUGCUAAAGAGACUCUUAUACGUACGCUUGUGGGAGUAAGAAUACUUUCAUCACUGUGCGCUCUGAUCAAAAUUCGGGAAAAUUGGGUUAAAGCUGAGCACGGGAACACAGGAUCUGAAGGCACCUGGGGAUGUUCUUUAGACGGGACCUUCAUGGUAAAAGCAGCAUCUGGAGUUAAUCGAUACCCAGAAGCGUCUGUACCGGACAGAUGCCUGCACCAUCCAUCCUGAGCAUCAUCUCUUCAUUAUUGCCUCCCUCCUCUCCUCUCAGCUGGUGUGAAGGACACAGAUCUAAGGGCUCCUCGGCGCUCUCUCAGUGCCUGGAUGUCUUACAGGAGGGAGGUUUGAUGCUCCCCUGCUUGGUCUCUCUACUUGCUCUCGCUCGUUCAUGAAUGUCACCUCUAUCCGUGGAAGCCGCUGGAAAUUACAAACACAGGAGCUGGCGGAGAAGAGCAAAGGGGAAUGUCAGGAGGGCUGAGAAGGAAGAUAACUUUCCAGAUUCAUCUGUCAACUCAUCUGCUGACCCAGACAUGAGGUCCAGGGUCAAACACAUCAGUUUUUGACUUGUACUCAUUCUGUCUUUCUUUCUUCGCAUUUGUGGUCACAGUCUGAUGGAUGCGACACUUGAAACCAGGUAAUGGAUUUUCUGAGUUCAAGUACGACUGUCUCCGGAUAUCAGUGUUUAUGUCCAUAGGAUCUGUUUUUUGUCACUUAUCCAAGGAUGUAACGAUUGGAUGUUCUCUGUCUUUUUUCUGAACUUGCACGAUAUUUGAGGAUCGGCAGUCAAUCCAAAACUUAAACUGAGUGAAAGGAAGUGAGGCACGAGGGUUUGUGUCUGACAGGGUUGAACACAAUCGCAGGAACGAGUGAUAUAGACAGACCGACUGACAGAGAGAGUAUGGUGGCACGAUUUCAAUUAUCUGUCGAAAUACAACUACAGCUACAUGGAUCAUGUACCGCCACUUUCCCAGUUCACACGCUGUGCAACACUGAACACAUCUCACCAAGGGACGGAAAUAACAAUAUCAGGAAUUCUGCAUGCCAGGACUAGUUUGAUAGGCAAAAAAUAAAGUUUAUUUUGAACUUUGAACGUUAGGGUUAUGCCCCACCCCCUUUUCCCUGAACCUUACCCCUUUGGUUGCCUAUUUAGUUGUGACACCCAUUGGGUAUUGUGGGAAAGUCUGCUUCACUCUCAACGUCUGCCCUAGUCUGGUCCUCUUCUCUGUGGCCCUGGGUGAUCGAACAGGUGGGCGGCCCACUGACGCCCUCUGCGCCCCACGGGUGAGCGGGGAACAGCAAAAUGGCUGCCCUCGCCAGCUCGCUGAUCCGGCAGCGAAGGGAAAUCAAGGACCCCCAGGCCAACCGCCAGAUUACCAACAAACGGAAACCCUGCCCCAAGACCAACAAGUCACUCUGCCAGAAACAGAUCCUAAUACUCAUCUCCAAAGUCCGGCUUUGUGGCACCAGAGGGAGAAAGUUAGAGAAAAGACCCGAACCUCAGCUCAAAGGCAUCGUCACUCGUCUGUUUUGUCGUCAUGGCUUCUACCUGCAGAUGUUACCCGAUGGCACCCUGGACGGCACAAAGGACGAAAGCAGCUCCUUCUUGUUGUUCAACUUGAUUCCUGUGGGUCUGAGGAUAGUUGCCAUCCAGAGCACCAAGACAGGCCUCUACAUCGGCAUGAACAGCGAGGGCUACCUCUACACAUCAGAACAUUUUACACCCGAGUGCAAGUUUAAGGAGUGUGUGUUUGAGAACUAUUAUGUGACAUACUCGUCGAUCUUGUAUCGUCAGACACAGUCGGGUCGGGCUUGGUAUAUUGGAAUUAACAGAGAUGGAGAGGUCAUGAAAGGAAACCGGGUCAAAAAGACGAAAGGUGCAGCCCACUUUCUGCCCAAGCUCAUAGAGGUUGCCAUGUACAGGGAGCCAUCGCUACAUGAAAUUGUUGAACAAAGUCUACCUAGGAAAACAGCCAAAACGUCAGACUCGCCUGUCCAUAAAAACAGCAAGAAAGACCAUGUGCUACCCGCCCCUGCAGCAUCCUAGCGACAGGAGACGGAAAGCAAUGUGUGUAGACCUUUCACUGAUCCUCAAAACUAUUUUCCUACAGUGCAUCAGGGCUUGAAAAGACCCUUGUCGACAGGUCUAAAGCUCAUUGCGUUCCUUGGUCUCUCCCACUUUCCUAAUCCAGUGGAAUACCGAGCAAUAAUAACGGGAAUGGUCUGGGCUCAGAGUGUUUCUCAAGCACACUCCACUUUGGAGUGGCCGUGCCACUUUAUAAGAACAGCUAUACUUGAAAGAAGGGAUCUUCGUCUUCCUUAUUCUUUUCUAUUUAUUUAACAAAAAAAAAAAACACUUCAUUCAAUUUAAACUUCCUUUAUUUGUUCAGGCGUCCCCCAUAUCUGUUUAACUGAAGUACCUCUGAAAUGUUUUGUCAUGAUGACUAAAACGGGUUUAUAAUCUCCUAUCCCUUAUUUACCUCGACUGCACUUUGAUUAGCUUGAGACAUCAAAGCCAUUUUCCACAUCAUAACACAGGAAAGGCCCUGCACACUCUCUCGGGAACUAUUAGGAAUGCUGCCACAUACAUACAUACCUAAUAUCUAAAUAAAUAAAACUUCCCCUCCUCUUAAGAUGAUAAUGUUGAGAGCCUUUCGACCUCAGGCAGUAAAAACCUCUUUCACUGCUCAUCGUCUUUAUGCUGAUGAGUUUGUGUGGGGCAGAAAUGCGUGUGCGCGUUUAACAGCAAUACGAUAUCAUUUGUAAGAUGACUUAUAACGGAGGGAGUAGGGCUGCAUUAUUGUUUCUUUUUGUUUUGAUAAGUUGUUGUUUCGCUCAUUGCAAUAUACCCAGAGAGCAAUACUGUUACAGCUGUACUUUUCUCCCCUCUUUUUAGUAUGCGUGUUAUUUCGGAGCAGGGCAGAAUUGAUGCAGUGUGCUGACUACUGGGGCUGCAAGUUUUCCAAAGUUCAUGUCCCUAUAUUCAAUUCCAUUCUAUUAGAUUUGCCUGAGAGCAGGGCAAAUGAAACAAAACAAAUGGCAAAAAUGUCCAAUUCUUGUUCGUUUCUCUCUGGUAAAACUGGAAGAGCUUUCAGAAAAGAAACUUUGGAAGUGACCUCUUUAUUUUUUUGUUUUUGUAGACUUUGCACAAGAACCGAAUGACGAAUUAUACUUGUAGAUUUACUGUAAUAAUUUUGAAGUUUCACAAAGAUUUGCUAUAGUAUAGAAAAUAUACAAUAUACAGGUAUACAUACAGUCUUGUUAAAUGUGAUUUUGGAGAUAACAAAUUAUCCCAAUUUAUUAUGUGUCUUUCUGAAAUACUUGAUUCUGAUUGAUUAAUCAGAUUAUCUGUCCGGUAUCUCAAAUGGCUCCCGCUCUCUCGUU